CCAAUGAUUUCAUCUAUGGGUUUGACAUUUGUGAUUGUGUUUGACUCAUUCGAAAGUUAUUUUUCAAAUUAGAAAAAAACUGAACUGCAAGUAUCUGUUUAAAAUUCAAUUGUAAAGUGAAAUUUUAAAAGUUGACAAAGAUAUACAAUGGGAGACGGAUGUCAAAGAUGUCUUACGAGGGUUCCUCACGCUACCCUCAUAGCUACAAUAAUGUGCUGUUUGGGCGUGGGAGUGUUUUGUGGAACAAUGUAUCGUGGAUCUGCACUUUCAAUACUAAUGUUUGACGAGGUAUUUCACUUUCGGCUGAUAUGGAUUGAAGCACUUCAAAUGAUUUUCAUCGUGGGCAGUGCUUGCAUGGCGGCCUUAGGAUUCAUGUUACUGUGCCUUGGAUGUCUCACAACAGGUGCCACAAGACAAAAGGUUUACCGGGCUUGGAGAGCACGGGUCGGCGGGCGUAUCUCUUGCGCAGUAUUUAUGAUCAUUACGUACAUUUUGACAUUCGUGUGGCUAUUAUUACUUGGCUUUUUAGUAAUAACAACAUUCCUCUUCACAAUAUUCUGGAAACUAUGUUCGAAGCCGAAAAACAUCGAACAUUCGACUUGCAUUGAUUUCACUCAAUUCGACUUCAUGUUCCCAUCAUCAGUAAAGCAAGAGGAUUUAAAGAUAUGCGAGGCACACAAGAUAAAGUUAUUUUGUAAAGAUUAUGUGGAAAAAGCUGAGUUUAUGUUCAUCUUGGCUAUGGUGUCUUGCUUGCUUGUUAUAUUGAGCUUGGUGCAUUACUUGAUGUGUUUAUCAGCAAAUUAUGCACAUAUCCGAGACCAUGAGAAGUUCCAGGAGUUACAGGAGCUGCAAUAUCUCACCAACCCUGACCUGCAUGCUUCUAAAGAUAGAUUCUAGUAUAUGGCCCGUGCGCCGUUGCUGCGCUCGCUUGAAGCUACUACCAAGAUGUGACAUAGCAGCAAAGUAACUGCAUUUUAAAAUGUCACAUUUGUGUUCACAGAUCAAAAUUAAACAUCAAAAGACUGAUAUUUCGUGAAUGAUAAAAUUUAGAUUGAUUAUAGUUAUAUCAUGUAGAAAGAGUACAGUCAGUCAAAACAGCCUAGACUAAAAUUUUAGUAGUAUCAUGCACACAUGGUACUUCAGGGAAAAUCCAGUCAUAACAUGAUCAUUGCCAAACAAUUAGUGUGUUUUCUGUAUGAAAUAAUAGUUUGCUUUCAUAAAUUUGUAACUCAAUUUCCUCUCUUAGUGUUACCCAGGUUCCAUUUGUUCAAUUAUAUCAACAUAUGACUUGCAAUAUAUGCAUUAAAUUAUGAGCUUAUUGCAUAAUGUCAAGUGAUGAGCCAAAUUAAAGCGCAUUGCCACCAGGCAAUGGCACUAUUGGCAAUGAUCAUGUUCACUGUUGCUGUGGGUUGUUUAAACUAUUACAUGAAUUUUUUUAAUAUAUUACACCUAAGUUAAAUUUUUAUUACACAUAAACAUAAAUAAAUUCAUUAACUAGUUACACUUGCAUGUAAUUGUAUAUAUAUUGUCCACUGCUCAGUUUGACUGUCUGUACUCAAUUUAUGUGAAUGGUGUUUACAUAUCCGAAGUACAUUUUUUUAAAUUAUGUUAUCACUGUAACCUAACAUUCCUUUAAAUUUAGUUUAAAUUGUUAAACAAUAUUAGUCAGCAGAAUUUAUAUUUAAAUUUGUCUGUUCAAAUAUGCUUAAGCAUUAGUGUAAUUAUAUUUUUGUUUAUUUACAUGUUUUGGUCCAGUUCUCUUUGUUAGAAUUAAGUAGGUUAAUGGCCAGAUAUAUGUAUCAUAUGCUUGAUAUAAAUUCUUCCAUUACCCUUCCAAUCAAGGUUUUAUGAUAAGAUAUUGCAAAUUUUGUUGGCCAGGUAUUAUGUUUAGUUUAACUAUUCUUUUUUAUGUAUUUUGUCUUAUUGUUAAUAUUUAUAUAUUGUUACUGCAUAUUUUAGUAGUAUUUAUACAAUUUAUGAAAAAGUUUGAAGGAAUUGGUAGACAUAUUGCUUGUUUAUUGUAGAUUUGUGGCAAAUAUAGGGAAAACUAGUAAUUAGGGAGUAGGGAUGUUCCCUACACUUUCACACAUGUUUUAUUAUUUAUGUAUUUCACUUUGUUAGAUCAGAAUCUAUUAUUUUGAUUGCUUAAUGCUUAUUAUUAUGAUAAAUAAUAGUGACCAUUGCAAGACUGUGUCUUAAAUAUUAAGAGUUAAAGGUAACCCAACCCACAACAUGUUAUGUCUAAAGGGUUACCUUUACCUCUUAGAACUCUUUAUUUUUCUUUACAAGUUUUUGAUGAGUUUGUGGAAGUAUUGGCUAUCAUGUUAUGCAUAUGAAACAAAAACAGGUGAACAAGGCAUAUAGUCUAUAUGCAGUAUGGUCAUAGAGGUUAAUACAUUGUGUAGGCAUAACUUCUCACAGAAAAGUUUUUCAAAUAUUCUUUCGACUAUAUUCAAUGCCAAUAUGAUAUCUGGUGGAAUUGUAUUGUGAUUCACAAUUAAUUGUUCAAUGUUUAGUACAAUAAAUAUAGAAUAAGAGCAGCACAAAAUUUAUAUAACAUAGUUGUAAGUUUUUAAUAUAAGGUCAUUUAAUAUGACAAUUUAUGUCUUCUUUAUUAAUGGUAUGAAAUCAAUUUUUUGACGAAAUUUUACAAGCUUAGGUUUUGUGAGGCAAUUUGAAAAAUAUCCCACCAAAAUUUAAUAUUGUGACAGCUAUUUGUAUAGAAGAUAAGACUAGUAUAUUUUGGUGCAUUAUUAUUUUAUCAAAACAGCUGAAAUCUUGGUACCUAAAUUGUAUAAUGAAUAUUUUAUUUAGUAUGUAAAGUAUUUUAUGGUCUGACCCAUCCCAAUAUUGCAGUUUGUCAUUUAAAUGAUCCCUCCUGUGAUACCAAUUUUAGGUCUGAUAUUUUAUUCACCAAAUAAACAUAAUCCAAUCAAUAAAUAUGACUUAGCUAUUUUUGUAACUGAUUUAUUUCAAAUAAUUUAUUGGAAAAGACAGCCCCAGCUAAGUCAGAAACAUUUAAUUAUAGUAAACAACUGAAAACUAUUGAAACUAUAACUUUUUUUAACAGACUUGACUGAUGAAAACUAACCCAUACUCAUUGCUAUUACAAUCAUUUUUAAGAUGUUGUUAUAUUGGCUCCCUACUAGCUCCAGCUUUAUGUCAUUUAUCCCAUCCAUUAUUUUAAAGGUUUUCAAACAUAAUGUGUAAAAUAAUCUGUUACAUAUUUUCUGGAAUUUUUAAGGAAUUUUUCACAUAAGCUUAAGAAAAAACAAUUUUUAUUCAUCUUUUUAAAUAAUUAGCACUAGAGCCUAUUUAAGAGGAUUGUUUCGAUGAUAUGUAUUGGCAGCAUGUAAUCUAGUUAGUUCAUAGGUGCAUAUUAUGUAGUUUAUAAUAUUAUGAUCUUUUUCAUAAUGCAGUACAUCCCAUGUUUUUACUGAAGUAAUGACUCGAAUGAGGGAUUACAAAAGAUAAGCAACAAAAUUAUUUCCAAUUAAUAAUUAUAAUAAUAAACUUUGACGAAAUUUUACAAGCUUAGGUUUUGUGAGGCAAUUUGAAAAAUAUCCCACCAAAAUUUAAUAUUGUGACAGCUAUUUGUAUAGAAGAUAAGACUAGUAUAUUUUGGUGCAUUUAGAUUAACAUGCUGCUAAAAUGUAUCUUAGGUAAUUAACACAUCACAAAAUGUUUAGAAUUUGCAUUUAAGAUAUUUGUAUCUACUAAGAUUAGGAAAAGAAAUAUGAUUAGCAUGGCUAAUGACUGCUAAAAAAAUAUAAAUUAUUUACAUAUGUAGUGAUCACUUUAUUUUAACGUACGAUACGUUAAAUAUAGUAAUCACUAUUAGCCGCAUGUCCCAUGUAUGCCAGAUUAUUGUGCGACCUAAAUCUUUGUCAAGGCAAGGUCCAACCUGCGCUGCAUGAAAGUAUGCGUCAUGCUUUCGACCAAUCAUAAGACUCUUCCGUUUGUGCCAGCCCUGUGAUUGGUCGCACGCUGAAUUCAAACUUGAAACGCUGCACAGCAUCAAGGAUUCAUGUUGUACGCCGCGGUGUGACAGUAAUGAAAUUCAUACUUAGAUAAUAUAUUCUUGGUGUUAUUACCUGCUAGUAUUUUUUUAGCUAUUACGUACGUCUUAAGUUUUAUAACAAUAAAAAAAAAAAUCGUUUUUAAAUGG